AUGGGCAAAUCAUUUCCGCAGGUGCAGCCGGGAGGGAGCUUGAUUCUAGCAUGGCGCAUCAAGGACAAGAAUGUCCUGGUGGUGGGCGGUGGCGAGGUUGCGUCUGGCCGCAUUCUCAACUGCCUCAAUGCCGAUGCAAAAGUCACCGUCGUCUGCCCUGCAUCCGGGCUGAAUGAGGAGGUCGCAUACCGAAUCGCCGAGAAGCAAGUUACACACAUCGACCGACUGUUCGAGCCCUCCGAUCUCGACAAGACAGACAUGGUGCUGGUCGCCAUCGACGACCCGGCAGCCUCUACGACCAUCUGGAAACUGUGCAAGGAGAAGAGAGUCCCGGCCAACAUUGCCGACGUGCCCCCUGAGUGCGACUUCUACUUUGGCAGCGUCCAUCGCGAUGGGCCGCUGCAGGUCAUGGUCAGCACCAACGGCAAGGGACCCCGAUUGGCGGCAUCGCUGCGGCGGCACAUUGCGAGCCAACUGCCGCAGAAUGUCGGCAACGCUAUCGAGACGAUUGGAGAUUUGAGAUCACGGCUGCGCAAGGUUGCGCCCAACCACGAAGACAGCCAGAAGCGGAUGCGAUGGAUGUCCAAGGUCAGCGACGCCUACAAGUGGGAGGAGAUCAGCGAGUUCACAGAAGAAGACUUGGAGAACCUCCUGCUGUUCUAUCCCGCAAACAAGGUCCCGGAUGUCGAUAUUCUGAAAUCCCUUCGCGGUCCGGACAACGACAUGAAGAAGCUCGACGUUUUUGAUGGAUCAUUUGGAUUCAGCGUGGGGUCGUAA